CACUGUUUGAACAAACCACGUCGUGCCCACGCCUUCGUCCAUCCCUCCUUCCGCCAUCCCCUCUCCGCUCCGCACACUCCUUCACGCAUCCACGCGCCCGCCGUCAUUGCCAGUUGACGGCCGCUUGAACUCCGACAGCAGCCUGCCUGUGCUCUGGUACUGACGCGCUCGCUCAGCCCUUUCUUACAUCUUUCCCCAGUCCGUCGCAAACAGCGACACAUCGACCGCUGCAAUGGCCGACCUCGACACUUACGACGCCGACCAGCGCACCUACGACGACGAGCGCGACUACCCUCCUCGUGAGCGCUCGCGUUCGCCAGGCCCAGACCGCGAUCGAGAUGGCGACGUCCGCGUGCGCGAUGAGCCUUCCAACGGACGCGCCGACCGUGACCCUCCGCGCAAGGGCGGCGCCGACGACGAGCCAGAUGCCACGAACCCAGGAUCCAACCUUUUCGUUACUGGAAUCCACCCACGUUUGACUGAGGAGGAGGUUUCGCGUCUGUUUGAAAAGUAUGGACAGGUUGAAAAGUGCAACAUCAUGAAGGAUCCUCACACCCGCGAGAGCCGUGGAUUCGGCUUCGUGAAGAUGGUCACUUCGGACGAGGCAGAUGCUGCGAAGGAGGCCCUUCAGGGCGAGGUCUACGAGGGACGCACCUUGAGCAUUGAGAAGGCUCGCCGCGCUCGCCCACGCACGCCAACUCCGGGCAAGUACUUCGGACCACCUAAGCGCGAGGACCGUCGCCCACGUGGUGGAGGCUGGGGAGGUCGCGGAGGCGACCGCUACGACGACCGCGGCUACGGCCGCCGUGACGACUAUCGAGGCGGAGGCUACCGCGACCGCAACGAUGAUCGCGGUGGUUACGGACGUCGGGAUGACGGUCCACCACGCGACCGCUACCGCGACGGCGGUGAUCGCUAUGGCGGAGAGCGCCGCGGAGGCGGCUACGGCUCCAACUACGAGCGCCCUCCCCGUGGUGGGCCACCAGGCGACAGUAGCUACGGUGGCGACUCUCGUCCGCCGCGCGAUGCACCACCAGCUCGCAGCUACGAAGACCGCCGCCAAUACGACUAGGCGACGUUUAGGCUAACGAAACAGGCGUACGGAGCAAGCAACGGUCUUUUCAGCAUCAUGGAUCGCUAGGCAAUCUGCAUCCGAGGAGUUUCUGCUGGAGUCGGCUAAUCACCCCCCAUGUACUACUACAACUUCCAUUUCCCCGGUGCGACUUCAGCAUGUGUUAUUAGCGGCGGCAGAGAGAAGGCAUGUCGACGCUCUUCGACCAGCGACAGUGAAUCGGAGAAGCUCUUCGGCCAUGUGCCGCAGCCCACGUUCCACGUCCUUUUCGGCAAUCAGUAUGAAACGAAACAAAACAACAGCUUUACUAAAUCUGUCACCUCGACUCGCACUUUCGACAUCUCUGCCAAUGGCUAUCAGUCAGUGUUGGCAUGCACCCGUUCGACAAUUGAAGGAGCGCACCACUCAAUAGGAAAGGGUUCAUUCGUCAACGAUCGCACCUUCAACCGCAGUCCAAUCAGCCGCAUCGUAUUUCCUCGUCGCAAUCGCACAGCUACG